UUUCAGGAAUUUCCACCAUGACUACUCGGGAUCCUGAUGCUGUUUUCAGUGGUGGAGGUAUAAGCUUUCUAACUGGGGAACGCAAUGUAAGGUUCAGCUAUGGAUAUUCUACUUUCAAGGGUAAACGAAGCUCAAUGGAAGAUUAUUUUGAGACAAAGAUAUCUGAAGUUGGUGGUCAAAUGGUUGCAUUUUUUGGUGUUUUUGAUGGUCAUGGAGGUCCUAGAACAGCUGAAUAUCUUAAGAACAACCUUUUUAACAAUUUAUGCAAUCAUCCAGAUUUUUAUGAUACAAAAUCAGCUAUUGUUGAAGCAUUUAAACAGACUGAUGCCAAUUUCCUCAGUGAAGAUAUAGGACAACAAAAGGAUGCAGGAUCAACUGCAUCAACUGUGUUGUUGGUUGGUGACCGCUUGCUAGUUGCCAAUGUGGGCGACUCCAGAGUAGUCUCCUGCAGAGAUGGAUCCGGUAAGUUCAAUGCCGGAAUUGAGUGUUUUAUUUAUGUCUGA